CUAGAUCUAGGACAUAACAAUUCUGUUUGAUAAGAAUUGUUCAAAGAAACCGUUAAUCCUAUUUGUAGACUACUUGUUAAUGUUCAAGAUUAAAGCUACAUUGUAUGAAAAUGGAGGAAGAAAAGACAAAGAAAAAGAAGUCUAGUAAAAGCCAUAAAAAGAAAAGCAGUGAGAAGACAAAGCAUAGAAAAGAUUUGAAGAAGUCAAGUGAGGGGACCCUGACGACUGAGAGCCAACAAAAGACAGCAGACAAUGGGCAAAGUAGUCGCAAAUCAAAUGCAGGGUCGCCAGAUGGAGGCUGUCCUAUUUGUCUUGGAAAACUGGAUAACACUUCUUUCACAGACAGCUGUUUUCACCAAUUCUGUUUUACAUGUCUGAAAGAAUGGACAAAAGUGAAACCAGAGUGUCCUCUAUGCAAACAGAAGUACAAAAGUAUCUUAUUUAAUGUUUUAUCUUAUGAACAAUAUGAACAGAUUAGUGUUGCUGACAUUCAGAACACUGCUCAAGCUGAGAACCCACACCACAGGUUCAGGUAUCGAACAACAUUAACUCUUGAGAGACGGUUAAUGCUGGACUUUCCCCAGGCAGACAGAUCUCAUAUAGAACAUGACUAUACUUUAAUGAGGCCCUCUCGAACAACCACACGAACACACUCUGUAUGGAGAAGACAUAGAGAAAAUGCUACAUCAGACUUCAGAAGAAGUGUGUACACCAAUGGAUUAAGAGCAGUUCAAUUUCAAGAUCAGAGAUUGAGAGAAAGGGAUGUAACUCCAGAGUUCUUCACUAGGAAUCCAGCAACUCUCCACAGACUGGUUCCCUGGUUAAAUCGGGAACUAAAUGCCUUAAUGAAUGAUGACAACAGACAUGAUCAGUUCCUAUUAGACUAUAUUUUAGGACUUAUUAAAACCUUUCCAAUCAACAGUGAAGAUUUUUACCAUCAUGUUUAUCCUCACCUUGGUCGUCACACAAGACAGUUUAUGCAUGAGUUUGAAUUUUUUGCCAAAAGUCCAUACAAUAUAGGUGCUUAUGAUCAGAAUGUAGUGUAUGAACCACAACCCGUUGAAGUAAUAUCAGCAGGGGACACCACAGAGGAUGAGGAAGGAGAUGAUGAUGAUGUCAUUAUUAUUGAUCAAGGAGGAUCUAGUGCUGACCCCAUUGACCUAUCUGUUGGAGAUUCACCACCACAACCCUCUUCUCAAGCACCACCCCUGCCACCAGAACCAUAUCCUGAGGAACCCUGUCUUCCCAAGGAACCACCUGCUGAACGCAGACUAAGUAAUAACCAUGAUGUCACCCCAAUUUUGGAUAGGGUCCGUCAAUUUCUGGAGGAGCCACCGCCCCACCCUUCAAGGCUAACUUCUUCUGGCUGGGACUCCCCAUUACCAGGACCAUCGUGGAUGGACACCAACAGUGAUUCAGGAGAAUUAAAUCAGAUACCACUUCCCCCCACACCACCCAAUGUAUCUACAACUUCAUCCACUGUUACAUUAUCAACAGAGAAGGACCCACUGCCACCACCAAAGAAAAAGGGCGGAAUUCCAGUCUUCCCUCCCAUGCUUACAGAGUUAUUCAGUGGUGCAGGGAAGGCCACUAUCAAAAUAGAAAACAGUGAUUCAGAGUCCUCUAUAGGAAGUGAUGUCAUUUUUGUGUCUAUAGAAAAUCCAUGGGAAGAACGUCCCGCAGUGCUUCUUUCCUCAGGAUCUGAUGAUGAACAAGUGGCCCAACAGUCUUCAAAGACUGAAAAGAAAAAAAGUAAAUCCAGACAUGAUGAAAGGACUUUAGCCAAAAGAUCUGAAGAAAAGUCCAGAUAUAGGCAUGACCACCAUCGCCACAGAUAUGAUUUGUCUAGCAGUCGAUCAAGAUCAAGAGAGAGAGGACAUACUCAUCAUCCAAGGAAACGUCACAAGAAACAUAGAUCUAGAGAACGUGAGCGAUACAGAACUAGAUCAAGGUCACGAGAAAGGUAUGAAACUUAUUAUCAUGAAGAUAGAUAUUAUCCAAGUAGUAGACCAACCUAUGAGGAUGAGUAUUACUCUAGAGUGUCCAGACCACGACUCUUAGAAGAUCGGAGGGAAUGGGAUUAUGGAAGGUCAUACAGUCGAGUGAUAGAUGCAGAAUAUGAACGUCCUAAAAGGUCAUCAUAUAGGUCCAGUAGUGAGGACUCAUACCUGCAUAGAAGCAAAAAGUCCAAAAAAGUAAAGAAGCACAAAAAGCACAAGAAGCAUAAAAAGCAUAAGACCACCUAUAUUUCUUCUGAUUCAGAUUUUGAAAUCAUCGCUGUAGGUAAACCAAAAACUGCACCAGCUCCAGUCCAGCACACAAUGAAACCUGCUGAUGGUGCCACAAGCACUGCUGCUGAACCUGUGAAAUACAAGAAACAUCCUACAGGGCACAAGAAAAAGUCCUCCACAGUAACACAGAUUACUGAUAGCAGAGAGAGGCCGGAGACAAGCAGGGAUAUCCCCGCCAGCCCCCCAGAUAUGGGGGGAAAUCUUAUCCAGGAGAUAUCCGAGGGGAAUCUGUGUCUGAGUCCAAUCUCUGACAGCUCCACAGACUCUCAAAUCAACUUACUCCAGUCUGUGUCUUCAGCUAAAUCCACCAACAAGCCUGCUACCUCUGCCAGUCAGACUCAAAGCACCAAAGUACACUCACCAGUCCACACUUCAUUGAACAAUUUCUUAUCAGACAUAUCAGAUGGAGGGGGCUCAGAAGGAUUGGAUCCGUGCACGACAAGCAAUGUACUGAGAUUUCAAGAGAAAAGGUGUCCGUCUCAUCACCUACAAACCAGUGAAUAUGGUCUUUGUGAUAAUUUUAUCACUGAACAGUGGUACAGAGUGGACGACGGUGCAGAUAUACCGACAUCUUGUCCAGCUAUGUUGCAGUGUGGAACCGUGUUUCCCGUGUGGAUGUACGGCACUGUUCCGUCCGUUUCUGAUGGUAUGGUGUUUCGCACAGCCUGUUUGUCUGACUAUAAUGGCUGCUGUUCCAGAAAGUGGACAAUUCAUGUUAAAAACUGUGGAAGCUACCGGGUUUACCAUCUCAAGCAGACAGACGCCUGCUCCAGUGCCUACUGCGUUGAAAACAGAAUCAACAUCACAACACAAGAAUCAAGCUCUUCUUCAUCCUCCUCAGAAGAUGUAACCUCAUCCAGUACAGAAACAGCUGUGGAGAGCAUCGUUAGUGACGUCACAACUACAAAAUCGACAACAACAGGACGCACGACAACACCCACUUCUAAGUCUACAACGGUGAAAUCAACAAGUUCCAUAGAACAGUUAAGAACUUCACAAACAAGUGUUUCUUUUGCUGAAACCCAAGGUGUUGCAGACAAAUCAACAAGUCCCACAGAACAGACAACAACAUCAGAACGACAUGUUUCUUCUGCUGAAACCCAAGGAGUCACGGAUCCAAAUACUAAGAAAAAGCCGAGUUCCACAGAAGCUACAAAAUCACAAGUUGUUCAGCAAGACUCUCCGAAUGUUUUAGUGUAUGUUUUAGCAGCAGUUAUUGGAAUCCUGGUCCUUAUUAUACUGCUAAUAGUAGUGAUGGUCAGAAGAUCUAAGAGAAACAAAGAAGAAAAUGAAAAAGGUAAUCAAGAAACUCCUGUGUCUACCUUACAAUCCAAAAACAAUUACAGCGAACUGCCGGAUACUGAGACGAUCUACUAUUCCAUUGAUUAUGAGAAGGAAAAUGAAAGCAAUCAAGAAAAUGAGAACAUGUACUUGGAUGCCUAUCAUCCUUCGAUCGGAAAUGAAGGAAUGAAACAUGAUGAAGCUUUGGAAAUUGAAGAAAUAAACUCCCUGAGAGUAGAUCUUGAGAACAGAGAAAUGUACCUGGACGCUUAUAGAGAGUCUGUGACGUCAUCAUCCGGAAAUGACGUCCUGGAGAGACGCGAGAGCAGAUAUCCUUAUGAAUGUACACAGAAAGAGGAGGAAAGCCAUACAUACACAAAACUUAGAAAUGAAGUUCUAAAACGUCAUGAAUUUGUCAAUAAGGGUUAUGAGUCACAACAGUAUGAGAAGAUAAGGGAUUAAAAGGGGGAAUCUGGAAGCAGAGAGUCUUAUGACGAUGUCACAUUUGUGAUGGAUUAGUAUUUUUAAAUUUGCUUUAAGUUAGAUAUGACAAAUAUUUGACAAUACCAGGUAGUUUUUGAUUACUCUCUAAAUUGAUAUCAAAUGUAAAUUCCAUUAAAAAUUGAGCAGAAUUUCUUGCAAUUCGACACAUUCUUUCAUAUCAAUUUUGCCCCUUAUUAGAAAAUUGUUCUUCAAUAAAUAGGGAAAAAAGUUUCAAACAAAAACUGAUUUAUCUUUCUUCUAAUUUUUUUUAUUUCCUUUCAAAACAAUAAUAUUUUCUGAUGAUAUUUUGCUAUUUUAUUAAAAAAAAUCCACUUAAGAUUUAUAUGUACCAUACAUCCUGAACGGGCUUUUCUUUUGGCCUUUCGAGUUGUUCCAAUCCCAAUUUUGACCUAGACAGUAUUGGCUUGUCCUCAAAAUUUUCCUGUACAAAAAGGUUUUGGUCUUAAUUUUAGCACAAACCGAUAUUGAAAAUAAAUUUGAACAAUAAGUAAUUUUUAAGAAAUUGCUUUAGUUUUGAAAAGUUGAAGUAAUUUAUAACCAACAUCCCAUAUCUCUCUGUAGCAGACAAUAAUACUAAUAUCGUCAAUGUAGGAAAUUGUGACUUCAGAUUUGAUAUUAAAUUAUACAUGAAUAAAUUUAUGUAUAUAUAAGACAUCGAUAAUUUAAGACAUAUAUCAACUUUUGAUAUACUGUUGAAUACUCUAACUAUUAUAAUUAGUUAUAAUUAUUUUGAUCAUUUUUCUGUAAAAGUAUGUAACAUACCAGGUAUAUCAAUGACACACGAAUAAAAGAACGCAUAUGCAUCCAUGCAAGUUUGUUCGACAGUGGUAUGGAAGAUUUAUUCCUAUUCCAUUGUUGUAAUGGGAAUUUUAAGCAUGUUUUUCUCUUAAAGAGCAAAAUAUAAAAUCUUAAUACCAUGAUUAUGAAGCAUCAUCAUCAUCGUGUUAUAUAAAUAAUACAUUUAAAAAAGUCACACACAAUGUCCGACUUAACAGCUGCAUCUCAAGCUGUAAUAUCAACACAACAAUAAUAAAAGUAGGGCAAAAAUAGUGAACGGAUCUUAAUA